GUUUUACUGCAGCUCACGUUUCCGGUGGUAGCAAAGACCAUCCAUUGCUGAGCUAUGCGGUUAAAGCUUUAACGCACCUUCGUCAUGUCGAGGAUGAGGAUUCUUGCGUUAUGGCUGCCCUGCGGCGGUUACACUUUGAGUUUCUUCACAACACGGAGAAACAUUCCCUGCUCGAAGUCUACUUCAACCAUUAACCGACGGCGGGCAGUCGAGCGUCACUUCCCUCUCACUUUUAUUCAUCCCCAUUCGGUUCGGAAAUCCAUGGAUGGUGGAAACCCUCGUCAAGGAGCAAAACGAUCUCCUGGACAUGGAUGUUGCCUGUGGUUUCGGUUCUCCCUUGAUUUUUGCCAUAUCCUCGAACACCGUCUUUCUCAGAGUUUUCCUGACACUGGGCAUCGACCUCAACAAGCCGUCUUCCGUCCAAACUUCUUUGUACCAUAAGCAGGAUUUUCCUCCAGGCUCCUAUACUCCAGUUUCGUGGGCAGCUGCGAUUGGGAGCAAAGUGGCUGUGGACCUGUUGCUGUCACGACCGGAGGUCAACCUGCCUGAUGACAUUCUGCACACGGCCGUCGUGUCCACGCAGCGGUCUCCUGAAAUCAUUAACAAACUAUGUCAACGCGGCGCGGAUGUCUCUUUAACUGUCGACGGGUCCACCCUUAUCCACACUUUGCUAUCGCAAUUUGGGCCAAGAACUGAUACAAACCAAUGGCUACCAGUCGUAAAAACGCUUAUUGGUGAUCUUUCUGUGCAGGACUGGACAGCCAGAACAGUACUCCACAUUGCUCUUGACAAUCAUCUGAGUGAUAUUGUCGCAUAUCUCCUCGAGCAAAAUGCACAACUGACAGCGACAGCGACUCUCCAUCGAGACAUUUGGAUCUGGGCUAAAAAGAGAAAGUGGUUCGCCAAGGUUGGAGCAGCGAUAGACGCUGCUGAACAACCGUCCACCAGAAUUUUGGGGAAGAUCAUUGACGCUACUGCGACAUUGCAACUCGUCGAGUUUCCAGGCGCAGUCACUACCGAUCAUGACGACCCCAAUCCCAUUUGCGCUGUUGUUGUUUCUGUCAUUAAUAGGAAGCCACCCGCACCGUUUUGGUUUAGGUUUUCAGAUCCGCAUCGGAUGUUCAGCCUGGAGGCUGAUCUUUCACGCGGUAAAUCGUCACUUCAAUCCAACACCCAAUCCUCCCCUCGAAACGAUGAACUCGCUACACUCAAGUGCCGCUUUUCACGGCUAAGGUAUUAUCAGAAAACCUGUAGCCGCCUGUUCGACUACCAUCAAGGAGACGCGGUUACCAGCAUGUUGCGGCAGUUAACCCAGGAGAAAGACUCGACUGGCGAUUCCCUUUUUCUUCAGAUGACAUUCCAAACAGACGACAAGGUUUAUGAUCAUGAUUACACACUUGAUAUCUACCGAGGUCCUUUGCACUAGUUUCUUAUGUGCUACCGCAUACUACACAAGCGCCAGUGUCAUAUCAAAGUUCAUAUAUAGACGGUUUCGCAUAAC